AUGCACGCCGCAGCGUGGAAGCCGCUGCCAUUACCCGCCUCUCCACCGUCCGUCGCUGCUCGCCGCGCAUCCACGCCUGCCCGUAACCCCUUCUCUAAGCCCGCCGGCCAGCCUGAGUGCGAGGGUACUUGCGCCCGUGCGUGUGCGCGCGCGUCGCGAUCCGAUUCGCGCCUCUCCUCCCUCUGUUCCGCCGGCUCCCGCUCGCGCUUCCCCCUCCGAUCCCCCGUCGUCCAUUCUCCCGCCGAGGCUCUACGCCGCCGCCGCCAGCCAUGCGUGACCGCGCGGGCCGCGCAAGCGGGCGCUGGCGAUCAGGGCGGCGCAACGCCGCUGCCGGAGGGGGCUGCCGCCAAAGGUCCUGCCGAGCCUGACUCGUUAGAUUCGGAACCAUCGGGUUCGGGUGAGAAGCGGCGUUGGUGGCAGUGGCGGGCGUGGCGCGGGCGCGAGUCGCUGGGCGAGCGCGUGAUGAGCGGCAUCGUCAACAGCAGCUCCGCGCCCAUCGGCUCGUUCAUUGCCGAACCCGUCACCGUUCUGCACCGAUUAGACCCGCGGGUUAAACAGCUGUGGCUGCUGCUGCUCGUGCUACUGCCAGCGCGGGCGGGUCUCGACCUGCGCCUGGCCCUCUGCGCCUUCCUCAUCGCCCUCACACUGCUCGCCCUGCCCGCCUCCAUUGCGCGGGCGCAGUUGUGGCGGUCGCUGCUGGUCACGGCAUUCAUCUUCCUGGGGCUCGCCUUCAGCACCGACGGUGUGCCAGCCUUCGUGCAGCCGCGCCCGCUGCCCCUCGCCCUCGAGCCCCUUGCCCUCGCCUCCUCUGCUGCCGCCUCCCUGUCGCCAGCACUGGGUGCAGCGGCGUCCAUGGCGCCACUGCUGCCCUCCACCUACCGCUACGUGCUGCUGCACGUCGGCCCGCUGCUGCUCACCCGCCGUGCCGCCAAGCUCGCUGCCAUGGCCGCCUCACUCUCCUUCAUUGUGGUGCACGCGGCAGCAGUGAGUCUGAUCACAACGAGCCCCGAGGCCAUGGCGGGGGCGCUGCGGUGGGGCAUGGCGCCGCUCAAGGCGGUGGGAGUGGGCGUGGAGGCGGCCAUCCUCACGCUGCUGCUGUCGCUGCGCUUCCUGGGCCUCGUCUUCGAUGAGCUGCGCUCACUGGCACUGGGCACCGUGGCACGUGGCAUCCACUGGAGCAAGCUGCAACCCCUCGCCACACUCGACUGUUAG